GACACUUCAGUCUUCGGUCAAGAGAGAGAGAGAGAGAGAGAGUUCCUUCGGAGGAGAUGGCGGAGAUCCUCUCGCCGGCGGGGCUUUUACUGUUGCUGUUCGCGGUUCUCUCCGUCGCGCACGGUGGCGUCGACGACAAAUGCGCCGCUUGCAAUGCCGUCGCGGGAGAGCUAGAAAUCGGGCUUUCCAAUGAGAAGCCGAGGAAUCAUUUGGAUAUGAGGCAUCGUCUAGACUCUAAAGGUCAACGAGAAGGGAAGCUAAUUGACUACAGGGUCAGUGAGCUGAGAGUUGUUGAACUUUUGGAUGGACUCUGUGAAAAGAUGCAAGAUUAUACGCUUGAGAAGAGGGGUUCUGGCAAGCCAGAAUGGGUCAAGGUAUAUGAUUGGGACCAAUUGAAAGAAAAUAAGCCGGAAGCUCGAGCUCAUUCCAAAGCUAUAUCAUCUUACUGCGGGAGGUUGCUUGAAGAAACCGAAGAUAAGUUGGCAGAACUGAUAAGGAAAGGAUCAGUGGAAGCGGGUGGCAUAAGUCGGGUACUAUGUCAGGAUCUGAGCAAGCACUGCCGCAGUAGUCCCAAUACGGUGGAUGGUGACGAUGAUGAUGAGGAGUCGGAAGCAGAACUUUGAAUGGCUUCAUCUGAGGGAUUCCUCACAACUCUCUCCAGCUUAUAUCAGCUCAAGCAUUUUGACCCAAAGAAAAGAACGUCAGUUCAAGCAGAGAUGAAAAACUAAAUUCAUGAUUGUCUCCGAAGGAGAAGUUUUCAUGACUGAGUUAUCAACUGCUUCUGCUGUUUCAUCAACAAUUUUCACUGCUUUUCAUAACUCUUAAAACAGAUUUUGCUUCGGUUGCCGUUUGGGACUGCUUGUAUUAUCAAAAUCACACAUCAAUUUGAAUUCUGCCUUUAUAGAGGUGCAAGCAACUUUUGUGCAGUUGAUCAA